ACUAUGGCGGUACCAAAAGUUAUAAGCUGGCCUCAAAACAAGAACUACGCAGGAUCGAGCCCAUGUGGAUCUACAAAGCGACUGAGAAAGUUUCUCAUGUUUGCAACUUUGCUCACAGCCUUUUAUAUGCUGAUAUGGCAGGUGCCAAGGUAUUUCAAUGUCACCUACGGAGAAAACCGUGUGAUGCCCUAUCGGCCCGCCCAUCUCAACCAGCCAGCCCGGCCUCCCCAGCCUAGUCAGUCAGCCCAGCCAAGUCGGCCAGCCCGGCAGAGUCAGCCAGCCCUGGAAUUCGGUAACUUGGCGCCAGAAUCUGCAUGGCAAUUUAGACCCAAAGCUUUGAGAGACGUCAGAGAAAUCACCGAGAAACUGAAUCUGACGACUCAACUACGGAAAUGGAAGUUGGGGAACUUCACAGAAGAUGUGCACAUCGGCCAAUACAACACAUGCGCUGUCGUAGGCAAUAGUGGCGUUCUCCUUGGAAGUCAGUGUGGAGCGGAGAUCGACUCCAUGGAUUACGUCAUACGAAUAGAUUUACCGGCCAUCAAAGGUUUCGAGAAAGAUGUUGGCAAACGGACCAGCAUGGUAUUAUUCAACUUUAAAGGGCCACGUCGAAUCCGACAGUCCUCACUUUUCUCCAACAGAUCGCAGGAUGUGUACGAGAGUCGCUUUAGAAGCGUUGAAGGUGCCGUCCUGUUUGUAGACAAAAGGUCAAUAGAGAAUAUCGAGACCGCUGUGAAAGCAUAUAGACUUUCAUUUCCAUUGAUAACACGCUCCGGGGAACUCAGGACUGGAAUAAAGAGAGCUGCAUCUGAAAUAGCGAACAAGAAGAUGAAGGGGGCACCAUCUAUUGGUCUAGUGAGUGUUCUGAUGAUGACAACGUUCUGUGACUACCCUUACAUGUACGGAUUCUACCCUUUCACAGAAGACGCGAACAACAACUCUGUUCUGUACCACUAUUACCCAGGAGACUUCGUCUAUCCUCCGCUACACCAUGCUUUUGCCCCAAUGCACCACAUGAACGAGGAGUACAACUUUAACAGGGAACUCCACAGACAGGGUGUUCUGAAGAUGCAGGUCGGUCCAUGUGGAAAUCAAUGAGCUGCAUGUUUGUACUUGCUAUAGCGGCUGCAGUAGCCGGCAAGAACAUGAGAUAAUGGUUAAUAAUAACGAUGUUGCGAGCGAUGUUCAUAACAGCUCUUAACUUCUUGAAACUCAGUGCAUGCAUAUUGCCACCAUCAUCAGCCAGUAGGAUGGAAUACUAGUAAUGUGUAACUGUUACAUAUAGACCGAAAAAGUCCUGGCUCAACCGUUUCCAAAAGCAUCUGCCAUUCUGGCGAAGGCAAUAAAAGCCUAGUAGGAGUUAAGUGGCCUAGGAGUGUUGGCCGGCCUAGGUCGCAAACUGUACUUCUCGGCCAUCUAACACCUCUGACGUGUUUUUUGUCUUGUUUGGCCAAUUUCCAAUAUUUUCCAGCGACCUGAGGUAGAGGCUAGCCAGGGCCUGGCAUUGAGUAGGUGUGUAUUACCGGCCACAGUACUAGCAACACUACAUUGGCCUUUUUCUCACAGCCGAUCUUUUGUUUAUAUACACCGUACAAAUUCCGCGGCGUGCGCGACUGUAUGGGCGGGGCGGACGACACCCCAGCCGGCCCAGGGAUCCAAGAAACAUACGAUCGACAGGCCAGGUACCUGGCUAGGUGCGGUGUGUAACUAUUUUACCCGCAUCUAUCGCGCAGUAACGCCCAAGGGCCAUUGUGUGUGUAAUUUCUAUCCUUUCUUAAAUGCUGACAAUACAAGGUCAACCAAGUAUGUUCAG